AUGGGACGCCACUCACAGAAGCCAAAUGCAGCGGCGGAGUGCAGAGACAUCAGCUCCAUGCUGCAAAAACCUCUGCAAAAAUCUGUGCACUCCAAACAGGCUCCCACGGAAACCCCACAUGCCACACACCUGGACGCCACAGGGGGGAGCGCAGAAGUAGGGGCCACACAUGAUCCUCAGCCUUGUCAAACCCCAGCCCCAGAGCCUUACGACGGCAUUGCUCCCACAACAGAGAUUGAAUUGAAGGUGCUGCUGGCAGACAUCCACAAACUAUGGGCCACAGACCUGAAGCUCAUCAAUGCUGACAUACAGGCAGUUAGAGGCCGGGUGAACAAGUCUGAAAAGGACAUUCUUGAAACUUGCUCAGACAUGACCACAAUUGAAGCAACAAGAUAA